AUGAGACAGGACUGCGGAGGAAACCUCAUGUUCAACAUGUAUCUCUCAGAUCCAACAGAAAAUCUGUUGAAGGAAAGCAAAGGAACAUCUUGGGGUCCACUAAACACAGGAGUACAGAAAGGUAGCGGGCAGAUUCAGCUGUGGCAGUUCCUGCUGGAGCUCCUCUCUGACAGCGCCAACAUGUCGUGCAUCGGCUGGGAGGGAACCAACGGCGAGUUCAAGCUCAUCGACCCGGACGAGGUGGCUCGGCGCUGGGGGGAGCGCAAGAGCAAACCCAACAUGAACUACGAUAAGCUGAGCCGGGCGCUGCGCUAUUAUUACGACAAAAACAUCAUGACCAAAGUCCACGGCAAGCGGUAUGCCUACAAGUUUGAUUUCCACGGCUUGGCGCAGGUUUGCCAGCCGUCCACCACAGAGCAGGCCAUCUACAAGUUUCAGGGUAACUUCUCCCCGAUUCCCUUCACCGGGAUUUCCAAACUGAACCUCAUGGCUCCCGGGGUGGGGCCGCCGGGUUUCUCCUACUGGCCCGGCUCCCCUCCGGCGGCUCUGUAUCACAGCCACAGCCUCCAGCCACCAGGGCCCUUUGGCACCGUGUCUCCGUCCCACAUCAGCUGUGUCAACAACAUCAGCAGCCUCACUAACAUCAAUAACCAUUACAACUGA